AUGAGAGUUGACCGCUCAGCAGCCUCACCGGCCCGCCCACAGGAGUCCUACGCCUCACCCCGACACACAGACAGGGGUCCUGAGUCCUUCCGCCUGCCCUGCCCGGCCCCUGCGCUUAGCACGGCCUCCAGGAAGCCCAUCAGAGAGCCUGCCUCAGGCCACAGAACUUCCUCCCUCCAGCACUGGGUGUGUGGGGGCCCAGUUCAGCUCAGCGCUGAGCUGGGGUGCAGCUGUGAGUGUGGGUGCUCCGGCAGACCAAAGGGGCAGUCCUCUCCCUGCGGCAUGGCCCGGGGGGUCCCUCUGCUCCUCCUGCUCCUUGGGCUCCUCUGCCCGUUGCCCGUGGCCCUGGCCUCCGGAGGCAUGUGGCAGUGGCCCCACUUGUCCUAUGUCCAGGCAGGGGGCUCGGUCAGCAUCUCCUGCAGCUGCCCUACCCUGCUGGGUCUCCACCUCAAGCAGAGGUGGGCUGUCGAGAGCAACGCCGUCUACUACCAGGACGGGCAGGAGCCCACCGUGGGCACGCAGUUCUCGGGCCGCGUCUCCUUCACGGGAUCCAUGAAAAACCUGACCAUCACACUGCAUCGUCUGCAGCAGGCUGAUAGAGGCCUCUACACCUGCGUGGCUGUCACCGAGAACAAGGAGUUUCACGGCUUCGGGACCCUGCUCAUGGUGACAGAAGUGAGCAUGCGCCAGGACACUUGGCUGGCAAACCACCUCCUUCCUGUGGCACUGGCCGUGGGCUUCUUUCUUCUCGGUCUGGGGCUGGGGGCCAUGUGUGUGCUGAAAAGGUCACAGAUCAAGUAUGUCUGUGGGACCAAGCCUUCCCUGAGGAACAUCUAUGAGGACAUGUCCUACAGCCGCCGCUGCAACACACUGUCUAGCCCCAACCAGUGAGCCCUUGGGGCCCCAGCCCUGCCCUGAGGAGGAGUCAGGCUCCAGUG